AGGCAUCAGCAAUUGAAAUUGUAUAUAAGGACAGAUAGAUAUACAGUACUUUGCACUAAGCAUCGUCAGGAACGUACUCCACCAUCAACAGAAAUGGGGAAGAUCAUAUUUUAUGAGGACAAGAAUUUCCAGGGCCGCUCCUAUGAGUGCAGCUCUGACUGUCCUGAUAUGACCUCCUUUUUCAACCGCUGUAACUCCAUUAGAGUCGACAGUGGAAACUGGAUCCUCUAUGAGAAUCCCAACUACAGGGGAAACCAAUAUUACCUGAGGCGAGGAGAGUACCCAGACUUCCAGCAAUGGAUGGGGUUCAAUGAUUCUAUCAGGUCAUGUCACCUGACCCCUCAACACCGUGGUCCAUUCAGAAUGAAGAUCUAUGAGAAGGAAGAGUUCAGAGGUCAGAUGAUGGAGUUCACUGAAGACUGUCCCCAUGUCUUUGAGCAGUUCCGAUACAAUGACAUCCACUCCUGCCAUGUAUUUGAUGGUCACUGGGUUUUCUAUGAAGAACCAAACUACAGAGGACGUCAAUAUUACCUGAAACCUGGAGAAUACAGGAGACAUACUGAAUGGGGUGCCUCAAAUUCCAAAGUUGGCUCCUUCAGAAGAGUCCAACUUAUUCAGUAAAAAUUAAAACAACAUUAUGUUUGAUUUUAAAAAAAUAAAACCUGAUCUUUAA